UCUAGGCACUUCUCUCUCCCUCCCUUUUUCACUUUCUCACAACACACAACCAAAAUAAACACACAGCAUCGUUAAAAAAAAUGGCCAUUGCUUCACUAUCUGCCGUCUCUCUCCUAUUCUUGGUCCUUAACCUUUGCCUUAGAGGCACUUAUGGUGACUAUGGAGGAGGAUGGCAAUCCGGACAUGCCACAUUUUAUGGGGGAGGUGACGCUUCCGGCACAAUGGGAGGUGCUUGUGGAUACGGCAACUUGUACAGCCAAGGCUACGGAACAAACACUGCAGCACUAAGCACAUCUCUGUUCAACAAUGGCUUGAGCUGCGGGGCUUGCUACGAAAUGCGAUGUGACAACGACCCGAAAUGGUGCCUGCCCGGCAGCAUCACCGUCACCGCCACAAACUUUUGCCCUCCCAACUUCGCCUUGUCAAACGACAACGGCGGCUGGUGCAACCCUCCUCUCCAACACUUUGACUUGGCCGAGCCUGCUUUCCUCCAGAUUGCUCAAUACCGAGCUGGAAUCGUCCCGGUCUCCUUCAGAAGGGUGCCAUGUGUGAAGAAAGGAGGAAUUAGGUUCACAAUCAAUGGUCACUCGUACUUCAACUUGGUUUUGAUCACAAACGUUGGAGGAGCAGGAGAUAUUCACUCAGUGUCAAUCAAGGGAUCAAAGACAGGAUGGCAAUCCAUGUCAAGGAAUUGGGGGCAAAAUUGGCAAAGCAACUCAUACCUCAAUGGCCAAAGCCUCUCUUUCCAAGUCACCCUCAGUGAUGGAAGGACCAUUACUAGCAACAGCGUUGCACCAGCGGGUUGGCAAUUUGGGCAAACAUUUGAGGGAGCUCAAGUCUAAUUUAAAAAAAAAAAAAAAAGUGUAUGAUUUUUCAACACUUUUUUUUUUAUUUUUUAUUUUUAUGUGUGUGACAGUUUGUAAUACAUGUAAUACCAAAAAUGGCAUUUUGUUUGUUGGGGGUAGAGUAGGGAAUUAUCAAAAAAAAGGCAAGGCCUAUGAGGCUGUUUAUAGCUGAGGUGGCUGAUUGGCACCCGCUAGGCUUUUUUUUUUUUUUGGGUUAUUAAGGGGGUUGUGACUUGUGAGUCCAAAUAGUUUAAGAGUUAGAGAUAGGAAAUACUCAAUUUGAGUGCCUUUUGUUUAAAUCGAAGGCCACUUUGGUAUGUUGAGAGAGUAAUGUAAUGUAAAUUUACUCCCCAGUUGGUGUCAAGGAGUGUCAGACCCAGCUGGGGAAACUUUCUAAAUUAUAAAUAAUAAUACUUUUGAUUAUUCUUCGUGGA